AUGUCUUUCGUAAGUGAAUUCACCACCGACAUCCAGCACCUCGGCGGAAGUAGCAACGUCGUCACCGACGCGUUAUCGCGCCUCGACGUCAACGCCAUCGCCGCUUCCCCGUCUCCCGAUGUCGAUUUCACUGCCAUGGCUACAGCGCAACGUGAGGACGCCGAGUUGGAAGCCUUUCGAAAUUCACUUUCCACCAACUGCCAGGAAGUCGCCCUACCUGUGUCCGCACAAACCCUCAUUUGUGACAUGUCGACAGGAACACCACGUCCAUUCGUACCUGCCGCAUUCCGACGCCAACUGUUCGACUCGCUGCAUUCCCUUUCGCAUCUCGGGAUUCGUGCAACGCACGGUUUAGUCACAACACGCAACAUCUGGUCGGGUAUCAACACCGAUGUUCGCAACUGGACACGUGCGUGUAUUUCUUGUCAGAAGUCCAAAGUGCAAAGGCACACCGUCACACCCUUGUCACGUUUCCUACAGCCAGAUAAACGAUUUGACCAAGUCCACAUCGAUAUUGUUGGACCUGUACGAUCAUCUGGCGGACGCAGUUACCUGCUGACGAUAGUCGAUCGUUUCACCCGCUGGUCGGAAGCUGUGCCCAUACCUGACAUCAGUGCCGACAGUGUACCACAGGCUUUCGUGUCGGGGUGGAUAUCGCGCUUUGGCGUUCCCUCCACAGUCACGACGGACCGUGGACGCCAAUUUGAAUCCCGUCUGUUUCAAGCACUUUGCAGGACGCUAGGAACGAAGCAUAUCCACACGACAGCCUACUACCCUUCUGCCAAUGGGAUGGUGGAACGAUUUCACCGGCAACUCAAUGCGUCCCUUCGAACUACUGAGGAUCAAUCCCACCGGCUGGAACGACUGCCGCUCGUGCCGCUCGGCCUCCGUUCGGCUCUGAAGCAAGAUCUUGGCUGCAGCGUGGCCGAACUCAUAUAUGGAACGUCCCUUCGCUUACCUGGCGAAUUCUUCGUUCCCGUACCAUCAGAAGCAGUUCCCGACCCCACCUGCUACGUUACACGACUGCAGUCAGCUCUACAAGAUCUUCGACCGAAACCACCACGACAACCAGACCGCCGCACCGUGUUCAUCGAUGAAAACUUGAACACCUGUACAAACGUUUUCGUUCGGCACGAUGCAACCCGCAAGCCAUUGCAACAACCGUACGAGGGACCAUAUCGCGUCAUACACCGACGAGACAAGCAUUUCGUAAUUUUCAUAAACGGUCACGAAGACACAUCUCCGUCGAUAGGCUAA